CGGCGCGGCGCGGAGCAGCCGGUCCGCGGCCGCUCCGUCCCCGCCCCGCAGCCGCCCGGCCGCCGCGACCCCCGAGCCCCCGGUGCGCGAUGCGGCUGCGGGGGUACCGGCACCGGGAGCGCGGUCGGUCAAGGUGCCCAUGGUGCUGCUGACACGGCUUGACCCAUCCGCCUAUCUGCGGUCCGCGACCGGCGGGGAGCGGCACGCCGCGGAGCCUUAGCAGGGGAAGGAGAAGGAGCCCCUGGAGCGGCUUUAUCGUGUGGAACCGCUGCUGGGGAGAGGUGGCUUCGGCUCCAUCUACUCGGGGGUCCGCCUGUCCGACGGCGCCCCGGUGGCGAUCAAACGGGUGGCUCGGGAGCGCAUCUCCUCAUGGGGCGAGCGGCCCAGUGGCACUCGCAUUCCAAUGGAGAUAGCAAUGAUGAGGAAGGUGCGCUCCGGCUGCAGUGCCAUCAUCCAGCUCCUCGAUUGGUUUGAGCUGCCCAACUGCUUCCUGUUGGUGCUGGAGCGUCCAGACCCAUCGCAGGAUCUCUCUCGCUUCAUCAAAGAGUGGAGGGUCUUGCCUGAGGAUCUGGCGUGGGGCAUUUUCAUGCAGGUGUUGGUGGCUGUGCUGCACUGCCACGGCUGCGGUGUCCUGCACCGAGACAUCAAGCCCAAGAGCAUCGUUCUCAACCUGGGCAUGGGAGAAGUCAAGCUUAUUGUCUUCGGCUGCAGCACCUUCCUUAGGGACACGGUGUACACCAAAUUUAGCGGAACACCUGUGUUACCGCCAGAGUGGUUCCACUACCACUGCUACCACGGCCGUCUGGCGGUGAUCUGGUCCCUGGGUGUGCUGCUUUAUGAGAUGAUCUGCACGGUCGUCCCCUUCCGGCGCUGCAAGGACAUCAUCCGCGGGCAGCUCUUCUUCCGGCGCCAGAUCUCUGCCGAAUGCCAGCACCUCAUCAAGUGGUGCUUGUCCAUGUGCGCUUGUGACAGACCAUCCCUGGAGGACAUCUUCAACCACCCUUGGCUGCAAAGAUCCUCCUGCCCCAGGAGCCAGCAGCCGGGCAAUGAGGAGCAGCACAGGAAGCCAGAGGAGCAGAGACAUGAUGUGGUGGCAGAACAACAGACAAUGCAGCUACUCCAACACCAGCCACAAGCACUGGGGCUAUUCCAACCACAGCGACAGGCACUGCUGGUAUUCCAACCCCAUCAACAAGCAGUGAGGCUUCUCCAACCCAAGCCUUAAGAACUGUGUCUACUCCAACCAGGGUGACAGGCACAUCGGCUACGCCAUUGGCUACGCCAACACACAAGGACAGGUGCUGUGGCUACUACAACUCCAGCGACAUGCACGACAAGUAUUCCAACCAUGGCAGAAAGCACUGCAGCUGCUCCAACGCCAGCCACAAGCACUGCAGCUACUACAUACCAACAACAGGCAUAAACAUUGCAACUAUUCCAACCACUGCAACAAGCACUGCAGCUACAUCAGUGCCAGCCACAGCUGGAGCUGAUGGGGCUAUUCCAAUAUCUGAGACACACACUGCUGCUACUCCAACCCCAUCGACAAGUAGUGAGAUUUCUCCAACCCUGGCCAUAAGAACUGUGUCUACUCCAACCAUGGCAACAGGUACAUCAGUUACUUCAACACCAGGGCAGGUGCUGUGGCUACUACAGCUCCAGCAACAUGCACUGCAGGUAUUCCAACCCUGGCAACAAGCACUGCAGCUACUUGAGCGCCAGCCACCACUGUGGCUACUCCAACCCCAUUGAUGAGCAGUGAGGCUUCUCCAACCCACAGCCACAAGCAGUGCGGGUACUCCAAGUACUGCAACAGACACAUCAGCCACUCAACUGCCAAGGACAGGCAGUGUUGGUACUAUAAGCCCAUGCACUGUGGCUAAUUGAGACCCAGGCACAAGCACUGCAGCUACUCCACCGCCAGUUCUCUGCUCUGCAGCUACUCUAACUCUGGGAGGGAGCACUGCCGCUACUCCUAAGGCUGCAACAUAUGCAGUGGCUUUGUAAACGCCAGCCACAAGCACUGCAGCUACUCCAGUGCCAGCCACAAGCACUGCAGCCUCUCCAACGCCGGUGACACACAUUGCUGUUACUCCAACCCCAUCAACAAGCAGUGAGGCUUCUCCAACCCAAGCCAUAAGAACUGUGUGUACUCGAACCAGGGUGACAGGCACAUCGGAUAUGCCAACACCAAAGACAGGUGCUGUGGCUACUACAACUCCAGCAACAUGUACUAGAGGUAUUCCAACUAUGGGAAGAAGCAGUGAGGCUUCUCCAACACCAGCCACAAGCACUGUGGCUGCUCCAAUGUCAGCCACAAGCACUACGGCUGCUCCAACCUCAGAGACAGGGACUGCGACUACUACAUGCCAACAACAGGCAUAAACACUGCAGCUAUUCCAACCACUGCAACAAGCAGAGCAGCUGCUUCAGUGCCAACCACAGCAAAGCGGCUACUCCAAUGCCUGUGGCAGACACUGUGGCUACUCCAACCUCAUCGACAAGCAGUGAAGCUUCUCCAACCCAAGCCACAAGCAUGCGGGUUCUCUAAGUACCGAGAUAGACACAUCGGCUGCUCAAACACUAAGGACAGGCACUGUGGCUACUACAACCAUUUCAACAUGCACUGUGCCUAAGCCAAUCCCAGCCACAAGCACUGCAGCUAAUCCAACACCAGUUUUCCGCCCAGAAGCUACUCCAACUCUGGGAAAGAGCACUGCCGCUACUUGCAGGCCUGCAACAUAUACAGUGGCUACGUCAACCCCAGCCACAAGCCCUGCAGCUACUGCAGUGCCAGCCACAAGCACUGCAGCCUCUCCAACGCAGGUGACACACACUGCUGCUACUCCAACCCAUCCCCUCCUUUCCUUCUCCUUCUCCUUCUCCUUCUCCCUUCCUUUCCCUUCCCUUCCCUUCC